AUGAAAGAAAGGGAAUGCAGCAGGAUCAUUCUGUGCCUUGUUUUCCUAUCGAUCCUUGUGGCAAGCAGCCAGGAAGGCCAGAGGCAUCAACAAGAGCUCGAAGGCCGCUACAGCAAUCGCCUCGAGCUGGCAGUGCGAUGUUUAGAGCAUGGGAUACAACUUCUGCGGUCCGAGCAUCAUCAGCAGGCACAGGGGUACAUGCAGACCUCCUACAGGAUGUCGCAAGACGUGGGGACAGCAAACGCAAGCUCGAUAUCUAACAAGUUGAGAUUUGCGUACAUCAACGUCAGGAUGCAAUCGGCCAUGUAUCUAGGGAUGUUGUCUGAGGUAACCAAGUCAGAUCACAUCGCAAGGAACUACUACAUGUCAGCGUUGCGUCUGGCGAAGGAGCACAACAGCGUUCCGACCUUCUUUCAUGUGUGCAGGCACGUAGAGAACCUGCGAGCGCUGGUGGAGAGAAAGGCAAACAAAGAUCACCAGUCCACUGAGGGGUUUUCCUCGGAGAGGUUCCUUGUCUUCAGGUUUUGGGCAGGACUAAGCAACAGGAGGCAAGAGCUGAUCGGGAUGAUCGGAGCAGCGAGGCUCCUGAACCGGACCCUCGUGCUCCCUGACAUGGUGGAAGGAAGGUGGAUGGCAAACCACAAGGCUAACAGAGUCGUACCGAAGCUCCCGCCCGUCAACACAGAGCUUCACGUGCGGGACUACGCUUACUCGGGGCAGUUUUCUUCCUUCGGGCUGUCCUACGGAACCAUCUCCUACGUCUCCCCUGAUCAAAUCCAGUCCCCCCGCCCCCCCCAACAGCUCGAACAAGAUCUCGGAAGAAGCAAGCUCCCUGUGCUCGCUAUCGACUUCUCCUAUCGGCUGCUCGACCUCGGCAACGCUGGAGAGUUUGAGUUCUUCAAUGGGACUGCGGAGUGGACCCCGAGGAGAAUUGACGUGAAAUUCACCCCGUCGGACUUCUACGUUGAAAUCCUUCAGCAUUUGCACUUCUCCCAGCAGAUCGCGAGCGCUGGACGCGCCGUCAUGCUUGCAACAAAUAUGAGAGAAAGUUCGUUUCUUGCGGUGCAUCUUCGUAGGAACGACAUGUCCUACUGGAAGAAUCGGCAGCAUGCCUGGCCGGAGACAGACCAAGUCCAGACGCUGGCUCGAUCGAGAAACUUGUCCGAAAUCUUUCUCGCUACAGACGCGGAUGGGAAGGAAAUCUCGCGCAUCCAGCGUUCGAUCCCCCAGCUCGUCCUCUUCGAUCUCGGGCUGCGGAAGCGGAUGGGGAUAACGACGGGAGAGGCUCAGGUCGCCAUAGUGGACCAGUUCGUCUGCUCUCGUGCUGCCUCCUUCCUGGGCAACUUCUGGUCGACCUUCUCCUGGGCGAUCAUCGAGGUGGUCGAGGCGCGUCCUCGAAGCGACUUGCUCACGGUGGAGCAGGAGAGGCACAAGCUCGGGCACGACAGCAGCAGCAGCCAUUUCUUCCAGGUGCGCCUGGUCGAGGUGGUGGAAACAGGAGCACAGUGA